AGAUGACAAAUCUUUCGAAAAGUGAUUUCUCAGUCAUUCGUUGAAACGCAGAAAAUUAGUCAUCUACCAGAAAGUAUCGAUAAAUAUGCAAUUUCGCUUUUGUAAUUCUAAUUCGUGUUAAGUUGAGCUGUUAUAUUCAACAACAUCAAUGGCUGAAGUGAGAACUGAAGGAUCUAUAAAUUCCGAUCGAAAUUCAUCGCGCAGAUCUCUCCGUAGUGAAUCUCGUCGUCGGAGAAUCAUACAAGAUACGAAUGUAGCUUCUAUGAAUGUUUUAUCAGCUAAUUACGAAAGCUUGGACUAUGACAACAGCGAAAAUUACAUAUUUCUCAGAGAAGAACGCCUGAAAGGGUUGAGUUUUAUUAUGAAAAAAAAUGUUUGUCGUUGGGUGAUAUUUCUAUGUAUUGGAAUUGUUACCGCUUUCGUUGGAAUAUUCAUCGAUGUAGCUAUCGAAGAAAUAGCGAAAGUGAAAUACUCGAGGAUAAAAACUUAUUUAGACGACGCUGUUUUACACAAUAAACUAUAUAUUCCAUUUGGAAUUUGGAUAGCAUAUAAUGUCUUUCCUGUGCUUAUCGGAUCUCUAAUGGUUGUUUAUAUUGAACCGAUGGCUCUUGGGAGUGGAAUACCGCAAGUGAAAUGUUACCUAAAUGGUGUUAAAAUCCCAAGAAUAGUACGUGUUAAAACCUUACUAGUCAAAUCUGUUGGUGUUAUUACAGCUGUCGUCGGAGGAUUAGCAGGAGGAAAAGAAGGUCCUAUGAUCCACUCAGGAGCUGUUGUAGCUGCGGGAAUAUCACAGGGGAAAAGUACCUCGUUGAAAUUAGACUUCGGUAUUUUAAAACAUUUUCGAGAUGAUCGCGAAAAACGCGAUUUCGUGUCAGGUGGUGCAGCUGCUGGAGUAGCUGCUGCUUUUGGAGCUCCUGUUGGUGGUGUACUCUUCAGUUUGGAAGAAGGUGCCAGUUUUUGGAAUCAGAGCUUAACAUGGAGGAUUUUUUUCGCCUCCAUGGUUUCUACGUUCACUUUGAAUAUUGUUUUAAGCGCUUACCAUGGCUAUCCAGGUCAUUUAUCGUAUCCUGGAUUGCUGAAUUUUGGAAAGUUCACGGAUUUAUCCUACGAACUUUUUGAACUGGUGAUUUUUAUCGGAAUCGGCGCAGUUGGUGGCUUAGCCGGAGCACUGUACAAUUACAUUAAUUACAGAAUUACUUUAUUCCGUAUGAGGUAUAUGAAAAAGAAAUAUCUUAAGGUUAUGGAAGCUUUAGUUGUUGCUGCGAUGAGCGCCACAGUUGCCAUUCUUAUGAUAUAUUUUUCUGGUGAUUGUAAACCGCUUGGAGAUGAUCCUACUUUGUACCCUGUUCAGAUGUUUUGUCCGGAUGGUCAAUAUAAUACGGCAGCUGCGUUAUGGUUACAAGUUCCUGAAGCCAGUGUGCGAUCUUUUUUCCAUGAUCGCUUAGAAUCGAUCGAUAUAUCUACCAUGGUUGUUUUCGCUCUUGUUUACUACUGUUUAUCCAUUUGGACUUAUGGUAUCAGCGUUUCGGCUGGCUUAUUUAUUCCUAAUUUAUUGAUUGGAGCUGCGUGGGGACGAUUAAUUGGUGUAACGUUACAGAGUGUUUUCCCAGGACAGGAAUGGACCAGUAACGUUGGUAAAUACGCCUUAGCCGGUGCAGCUGCUCAACUUGGCGGUGUUGUUCGGAUGACCAUUAGUUUAACUGCUAUUUUAAUCGAAGCCACUGGAAAUAUUACUUUCGGGUUACCUCUCAUGUUGAUAUUGCUUACUGCUAAAUGGGUCGGCGACUUUUUCACUGAAGGUUUAUAUGAUAUACACAUUCAACUGAAUGGAAUUCCUUUAUUACCGUGGGAACCUCCGCCCUUAUCCGCUAAUAUAUACGCCAAUGAAGUCAUGAGUUACCCAGUAAUUACGUUUAAAGUGGUGGAGAAUGUUGGCCAUAUUGUGGAUACUUUGAAAAAGGAGUCGUACCACGGAUUCGUUGUUGUUGAUCCGAAUGAAAGACGAAUGGACGACGAUAGUAAUGAACCAAGAUCCAACGGACGUCUUCGAGGAUUAAUAUUAAGACAUCAGCUCAUAAUUAUUCUGAAAAACAAAGUUUUUAACGAAGUGUCUUGGGAUUUUAAUGAAUUGUCCGUUGACAUAUUUCGCAAACAAUAUCCUCGAUACCCUAGCAUUGAUGAUGUGCAUAUCACCGAUGAGGAGCGUAACUAUACGAUCGACUUGAGCCCUUUCAUGAACCCAUCUCCAUAUGUCGUUCAGCAUAUGACGUCAUUACCAAGAGUUUUCCGUUUGUUUCGUGCCUUGGGCUUACGUCAUGUAAUUGUGAUAAAUGAUAUCAAUGAAGUCGUAGGAAUUAUAUCUAGGAUCGAUUUAGCUCGUUACAGGGUCCAUAGACAUUUAGGCAAAAUUUCUGUCGAAGAGAUGAAGAUAUCUUCUAAUCUUUAAUUUUUUAUCUCGAUUAUAAGGUAGACAGAAGCCAUAUUGUGAUUUAUGAUAAUUUACCGAAUACUGGUCUUGAUACUUUUUUUUUGUGACUAUUUUAUAGUUUUUUAUUACUCAUCUAAGUACCUACCAUAUAAUAUUCGUUGACUUUUCCUCAUUUUGUGUUAGAUCGAUAAUUUUAUAUAUUUUUUAUAUUUCUGAGAGAGUAUUUUGUUUUAAUUGUUUGUAUACCAAAUUUUUUGGAGUCUUUCAUGUUAGUGCAUACGUUGGAUUAAUAAAUCGUGAGAUUAUGUUUAAAAAACGCUUUACUUUCACUUAGGUAUUCUUUAUUGGAUGGAAUUGAGAAAUGUGAAUUCCGUUAAUUACAGCUGACUAGAUGAAUACUUCUUAUGCGAAAAUCUGAAAAAUUGCAUUAGAAAAGCAAGUGGAUAGGUAAUGUGAGUGAUUUUCAUCAAAUCUAAAGUACUUAAUCACUUAUCGUCAUUCGACUUUCACUCGAAGAAGUUUUUGAGUUUAUUGGUACUUGUUAUUUAAUUGGACGGACAGCUGAAAAUAUCUCAUAAAAUAAAUUAUAUAUUUUAUUAACUCGUACAAAAGAGAAGUGACUUAAUUUUUAAUUGAAAAAUAAUAGCCUUACAUUAUAAUAUGUACCAAAACGGUGUUGAAAAAAAGUAUAUAUCACGAAACAAGUCUUUCUAUUCUAGAAUUUCUCAUCUCAUGCCGGACGUUUAUCAACCCAGGCUUUAAUUUUAGGCACGGCUAGUACUUUAUCUUUUAAAGCUUUAAGAUUUUCGGCUUUUUCGAUAAUAUCAUAUCCAGACAUAUCAUUAAGAUAAUCGAG